GGACAUAAGGCAUGCAGAGCACGCUGAAAGAACACCUUUUAAACUCUGGUGUUUCCCGCGAGUUACCACACCCAAGCUUGACCCCGGGUGGAUGAGUCACGUGACGAUAUGUGCAGCUGCUCGGUUUCGGCAUUGUGCAGUAACGUCGGAGUUGAUGGAGAGCUCUGUCGUCACGACUUGCAUUGCGAGCGAGGGGAAAACAGGCCGCGGCCACGCGCGAAGGCGACUAACAUGGAAUCCUAAGCCCCGCCAGGAGUAUAUGUUACCCCUAGGAGGCGAAGGCCUGCAUACAACCACGACCUCGCCGCCGCCAAGGCGGGAAAACGCAUUCCCGUGCACCGCCCCCGGGCCGUGGGCCCGAUCUCUCCUCUUCCUCCUCCUCCAACCUCCUCCUCCAACAAGUGUUCGAGUGGCACACCCGGGGGCCCACAUCGUCGAUCACGUCCUCGGUCUGGAGAGGAAGAAGGAGAAUGCCGGCCAGGCGGCGGCAUGGAACGCGGCGAGCACGACGUCGUGCAAUCACUGGCACCUGAUCGGGGGUUCCAGGUGGACUUCUAGACAUCUGGAGCCCUGCAUUUCAAUCAGUCUCCUGGGGCUAUGCACUGGCACCUGCGUCUCUUUUGCCUCAAAGGCGCAUUCGAUUGGCUCUCAGGCGAUCGGUGUCCAAACGAUCGCGUUAUGGGCCGAUUGAGACCAGCCACUCGGGAGACCUCAAUUGCCGCCAGCAUGGGCUCGCUAUAAUUGGCCUAUCUCCACUCAUCUCAUGGCUUGUCGCAGUUUCAUACAUUUCCAUGUGCUGCUAUCCGGCACAAUCAGAUGGAUUCUGAAGAACUUGGCUAGACCAGAAGAGCUAGGUAACUUGAUCUGAUGACUACAUA